UUGAGGAAGGCCGGAAGCAGAGAAAGAAGUGGUAACAGUAUCUUUAAGACAAAAGUAUAAACUAAUUCAUCAUGCCUUUAGAAUGGCUAUUUGGGAAGAAAAAAACUCCACAGGAGAUGCUACGUCAAAACCAGAGAGCCCUGAAUAAAGCUAUGAGAGAACUGGACAGGGAAAGAACAAAAAUGGAACAACAAGAAAAGAAGGUGAUUGCUGAUAUAAAGAAGAUGGCCAAGCAAGGUCAAAUGGAUGCAGUUAAGAUAAUGGCCAAAGACUUGGUGAGGACGAGAAGAUAUGUGAAGAAGUUCAUUCUAAUGAGGGCUAAUAUCCAAGCAGUCUCACUAAAGAUUCAAACCUUAAAGUCCAAUGACUCCAUGGCCCAAGCUAUGAAGGGGGUCACAAAGGCAAUGGCAACAAUGAAUAAACAGCUAAAACUACCACAAAUCCAAAAGAUAAUGCAGGAGUUUGAAAAACAGUCGGAGAUGAUGGACAUGAAGGAGGAAAUGAUGAAUGACGCCAUUGAUGAUGUGAUGGGAGAUGAAGAGGAUGAUGAAGAAAGUGAUGCCAUUGUGGGCCAAGUGUUGGAUGAAUUAGGUCUGCAGAUAGCUGAUGAGAUCUCAGGUCUACCCACCGCCAACCAGACGGUGUCCUCCGGACCAUCAAAACAGCCGCAGGCGGCAGCUGCUGGAGGAGUGAGUGAAGCAGACGCAGAUUUGGAAGCCAGGUUAGAGAACCUGAGGAGGCAAUAGUAAACAGAGACAUUCAAAAACUUUUAAAACAGGAGGUCAUGUGUAAUCUAGAAAGAGACUGUCAAAAUGGAUAAAAAAACUUUUUGUAACAUACUGUAUUUAAUAUGGAAUUGCAGCACGUGUAAAAGACCAGCUUAUCUGCCUUUUAGGAAGACUUUCUUUUGCACUUGCUGAGAAGCGCUGCAAGUAUUUUGACAAUAGAUAAAUCCAAAGAGGAAAAUAUCAUUUUAUAUUGUAAAUAUAUUUUUUUCAAUCAAUCAUUAUAAGUUUAUUAUGAUAAUGAGAUAUAUUCCUUCAAUAGAAUACACAAGAUAUUUAGCAUAUGUACAUUUUCAACCCAAUUUAAAACAUCAAAUACUUAAUUUUGCCGUACCUUUUUAAAAUGAAAAUUAAUGUUUCUUGUUUUGAGGUAUUUAUUCUGUCAUAGUUCACUUUUCUCAUGUCAACUUGAAUAUUACAUGGUUCUCCUAAAACAUUAAUAGAUUGCCUUUAAAUUUACAGCAAAGGAGUUACAGAAAAUAGAAUUCUUAUCAUGUCAUUGCUGUCUGAUUGUGAACUGUUUGUAUUCGGUUGUCUUUUUUUUCUGGAAUGACAAAAAUAUUUGUAGAAAUGUAAAAAUUUAUUUAAUCUUAAACUCUUAUUAAUAAACGCAUAUGGUGUUUUGUGUUUUUCAGGUUAA